AUGUUACACAAAGUUAUUGUUUAUUUAACAGUCAAUGAUACUUAUCAUGAAAAUAUUAUUUUAGAUUAUAAAGAAAGUAUUCCACCAUUUCUUCUUAUCGAAGGAGAUGUUUCUGUUACAAUUAAAACAAAUUAUGAUACUCCAACAUGUACAUAUCAUUAUUCCACAAAAGGAACAAAAUCCAUUAUAAAAACACCAAUUUCUGGAAAGGUUUCUGGGUCAUAUAAAUCAUUUAGCAUUUGUGAUAUUGAUGGGUAUUCUCGAGUUACUCUUUGUCCUUCACAAAUAACUCCUGAAAAUGAUUGUACAUGUUCUUUUAAAAAUUUUGAAUAUCAAAAUGGAUAUUAUGAUUGUUAUUAUAUUAGUGAACAUAGAAUUUUUAAUAUUAGUUCAGACCAAGAACAAUUACCUGUAGAACAAACGUGGUAUUCUUUUACUAAUAUUGAUGAUACUACUUUGUCUAUUCCAAAACGGAAUAGUCUUUCAUUUGUUGGUGUUGUAGAACCACCAGAAUAUCCUAUGCGUUUUUAUGGUAAAGUAUAUUUUAAUAAUACUCUUAAUAUUACUAAAAGUGAUGUUUAUUUUAGUAUUGGUACUUUCUAUUUAAAUCAAAUAGAAAUACAGGAUUCUGUUUCAAAUGAUGCUGUUCUAUUCAGAGGAAAGUUAAUGAUUGAUACUGAUGAUGAAAUAACAAGACUCAAGAAUAUUGGUAUUAGACAAGUACCUUGUGGUGAUUCAACAAGAAGAUAUACCAAAACAACAAGCUCUAUAGAGUGUAAGUGUACACAGACAUCACCAAUCACUUUCACCCAAUUUGACUGUGAUGAUUCAACCACUAGAAGAUAUGAUAAAUUUACAUUAGUUCUAUCUCAAGAUUAUAAUGGAGGAAAUGUAAAAAGAUAUUGGCAAAAAAUUACCUCAGAUACAGAACUUAAAUCAGUAACAAUUACUGGAGCAGGAAUUAAUGUGGAAGAUGUGUGUGAUUUUAGUAAAAUUUCAAAUAUCAAUAUCAACACUGAUUUAAGAUGUUCGUCUUUGAAAAUCAAUUUAAUGUCAUCUAUUUCUGUUAAUGAAAACUCUCAAUUCUCAUUUGAUUCAAUCACUACAGUUGGUGAUAUAACCUAUUCAAAUUUAGAUAAAAAGGCAAUAAUUCAAGUUAACUCAGGUAAUUUAGUCAUUUCAAGUGCUAUUAAAAUAGAUUUUAGUUCUAUCACUGCUGAUUGCUUUGAAUUAGCUUCUUCAAUCUCUCCAUUUUCUGAUGAACUAUCAUUAGUAGAGUCAAGUGACCAUAACGUUUAUGCAUUAGAUCGUUUGUUAAGGGUAUGUAAGAAGGAUGCUAAAAAUAAUAAUGUUCAUUGCACUAUUUCAGAAUCUAAUUAUAAAUUUGCUUAUCAACAAUGUCCAUGCCAAGGAUCAACUUGUUAUAUCCAAACUAGUCUUAAUAAAGUCACAAUCCCUGAUUCAACUAACAUUGAAAAUGCUAUUCUUUUAUUGUCUCAAAAUGUAAUGUUUUUGAAUGUCCAAAGUAUUGAGAAAAUUCAAAUAACAGGUGAUUUUGAUAUUACUCUUGAAGGAACUCGAAGCAUAUAUAUUGGGUCAAUUGAUGGAUUGUCUCACAAACCAACACUAAUCACUAAAGGAAAUACAACCAUUGAACAAACUCUUAGUGCAGUAAAGUAUAAUCCACACUCAAAACUAACGUUCUUAUCACAAAAUACUUUAAUUGAAGAUGUCAUUGAAACAGACACAUCAAUGAUUACCAUUGACAGAGAUGUGACAAAGUUAACAUUGAAUAGUUUAACUGGAGCUAAACAGAAAGAAACACCUCUUUUUGAUACCGUUACAGCAUCAUCAUCAUUAAAUAUUAAUGGUAUGCCAACAGUUUCUAAUAUAAUGAGGUCGAUAUUGUGA